CCUUUGAGACUACACGUUACUACGCCUGCUCGCCUGCAUCGGAAGGAUGCACGAUGGAGGAGGCGGCUACUGCUUCGCUACGGCGACGUGAAGAGAAGAAGAGGAGACAGAGAUUAGCGGCGAUCACGCUCGGAUCAGGUGAGUAUUUCAAUUCAGUUUCUGCUGUGCCUGUCCAGGAUUCCGGAUCGACGGUGAGGAGACCAAGGUUUCCAACGCCGAUUAUGUCGCCAUCGACCUUCUUGCUCGAAAAUUUUGAUGCUGCUGAGUGGGUGCUUGUUCAGCGGAGACGGCGACGGUUUCGGAGGACAGGGCCAGUGAAAAACAGGUGGACAUUAGAUCACAGUGUGCAUCGCCGGCAGAGAUGGUCGGCGACGUAUGUGCCAUCUCAGAUUCAGCACAAGGAAAAUUCGAAUUUUGAACAUCCUGUUUUUGAGUUGGGCCGGGCCAUUGCUUGCGCAUACGAUGACGAGCCGAUUUGCCAUGUUCCAGGAAAGGGCAGUAUGGGCCCGGAACGGGUGAUCGCGUCUCGUGCGCCUACACGCGUGACUCGUUUUGAUCGUGGUCAACCGUGUAGGCUAGGUUUCGGUAAGUCCCCUUUCUGUCCCGCACCACGUAUUCCUCCGCUCGUUCCUGCUGUCGCCGCCGUCAUGAAUCGCGGUGGAGGUAAUCCGACGAGGGGAGGCCGUGGAAAUGGGAGGUGGGAAGGGGGUGGAACUGGUCCGCCGCAAGGCGGUAGAUCCAGUUUCGAGCAGGGCGGCCCAAGUGGUUAUGCCGGACAUGGAGGGAACUAUGGUGCUGGGGCGGAACGCUCCAACGAUGUCUUCGGUGAUGGUAUUUUUCGGGCUGGUCAUGGGCGCCCCAAUAAUGCUGGGGGCGGCUUCAGGAAUCAGCAAAGUUUUAACAGAGGGUACAACCGCAGUUUCGGAGGUAAUAACUUUAAUCGCCGUCCUUCUAACACUUAUGUUCGGCGGGAUGAUCCGCCUAGGGAUGGUCCUGAUCUUAGUGGUCUCAAUGAUGCCCAAAGACGCAUAGUUAAGGAAGCAGCUGAAGCUUUUGCUAAACAGAUACUUGCUACUUCUAGUUCUGAUUCAGUUCCUCAUGAUGCUGCUUUGCCAAUUGCUCGAGAAUCUGGGCGGGUUACACCCACAGUGAGACAGACGCAGGUAGCAAGGCCUUCUGAGGUUUCUCGCACUUUUGGUACUAAUACUGUUGGGGUACUGGUACAAGGAGGGGCUCCGGCAGAAAGAAAUACAGGGGCUGGGCUCUCGCAGAAUACUGUGCCAAAUAUGACCUCUGAUUUGGCUUUGGCUGCUGCGGCAAAAAAGAAAGGCCCGGAGUGUUUUCGGUGCCACAAAACUGGGCAUUGUAUCAAUGAUUGUAUAGCAGUUUUAUGUGAUGUUUGUCAGAGUGCUGAUCAUGCAACUAGAGACUGCCCUACUUUGCGUGCUCCAAGACCAAGAAUUGCUGUUUAUGGGGUUGGACAUGUAGAUUUAACUUUUUGGAAGAUACCACUGUCUGGUGAUGUUCGGCCUCGUGUUGAGAACACUAGGUUGGGUAAGGUGGCUGUUGAAGGAGGGAUCAUGACCAUACCUGAAUUAAUAGCACAGUUGCAGUUUCUGAUGCCUGAUGAUCAGUACCAAUGGGAUGUUCAGCAAAUGGAAGAUAAUGUAUUCAGGGUCAAUUUUCCAAGUAGAAGUGACUUGGUUAAGGCUCAGCAUUUUGGCAAAUUUUGUGUACCGAAAUCACAAAUUACUUUGUCCUUUGAUUUUUGGAGAAAAGAUGUAGAACCUGUUUGGACGGCAGAAGAGGUGUGGGUCAGAGUGCAUGGUUUUCCUCCUUUUGCUCUUGAUGAGAUUGUAGCUUUAUGGGCUUUUGGUGAUAUUUUUGGUGAGACUACAGAUAUUGAUAUACCUUACACAAGGGCAAAUAAUGUUUUGCGAAUCCGCAUAAGUUGUUUGGAUCCUGCUCUUAUUCCCACUAGCCUUGAUGUCAAGAUUCGUAAUGAUUUCUUCCGACUCAGUUUUGAAGUGGAGGGCUUAAGGGCUCCAACAACAGUUGACGAUGGUGUGUCUGAAGAUAUGCAUAAGGAUGAUGACAUGGACCAUGAUGGCCCUACUAAGAACUCUGGUGAUGAUAUCGACAGAGAAGUCAAGAGGAAGAAGAAUGAGGAGGAAAGCAAAGAUUCUGAUUAUGAACCAUCUCAUCCGGAUCCCUCUGCUGGUACAUCUAUUGCUGUUUCUCCAUUUAAAGGGGCUCAAAAUAAUGAGAAUUUGAUUGUGCAUGCUACACCUAGUGCUGCGGCGGACCUGGACUUGUGUGAUGGGAAUGGUGACUCCUUGUACCCGGCUGAGACCAGUGUUGAUGAACUGGAGGCUAAUCUUAUGUAUGAUGAACAAGGCAGCCGCAGGAUUAAUCUUGUUGAUCAGAGGGUGGUGGAGGCCGCUGUGUGUGUGCAUGGCACAUGCACACAGCGAGCGCCACAAGGGAAGGAGAUUGUUGUGUGUGUGCCUGACACAUGCACACAGCAGACGUCGAUCGGGGCAUCGGGAGGAGCUGUGCAUGGCGCAUGCAGGGGGGACGUCGGUGCGUCGACUGAGACGCCGAUCAGCGCGGCGAAUGGCGCAUGCAGCACCGCGUCGUCCAUGCCUCGGGCGGUCUCCUCGUCGACGGCGCGGGUUUUGUCCUCGACGCCUAUAUCUUCAUCGCUGGUUAAUGCAACAAAGGGCCUUACCAGUUCGCCUCUGGGUACUUCAAAGCGUACGUAUGUGCAUACGGUAACACCAAAACGGAAUUCUACGACGAAUACAACUGUUUCUACCUUGCCAUUGCCGGUUAAGGAUAUGGCAGGCUUGGCUACCAAGAUGAGUACCACACCGGGUAUAAUGACCACGCCGGUAUCUCCAGCUUUAUUUUCUGAUGAGGUGAUUGCGUAUGGAGGCAUUAAAUCACAAGAGGCAAAAGGUAUUCGGUCAAGUGGAAGACUUAGAGCGCAACCAAAUGCUGAUGCGACUCAGCUAGAAAAAGCUAUGCUACUGGCUCAAAGGCGUAAUGAAAGCUUUGCACAAGGUCAUUCUUCGAGCUGUGCAUUGGAUACAGUUAUGGGCUUUCCUGCUACCGGAGGAGCAGCGCAAGGAUAUGGAUACUGGUUGCAACAGACUGCUGGUGCUUACUCAGGACUUCUAUUACCGGGCUACUGGGUGGCGACACAUUAAUAUGAUAGAGUAUGGCUAGCCUAUUUAGAUGUUUGCUGUUCCGUUGGUUGGUUUAUGUGGCAACCAUGACGGACCCAUGAUUGUUUUUCUUUCUUUCGUACUUGUUACUUGAUACUUGAUACUUUAUAUGUUUAAUAAAAGGCCGUGUGCAUCAAUUGAUGCAGAGGCUGGGGCUAUUGCUCCUUUAUCGA